UUCCCUUACGAUAAGAGAGUUUGAUGGGGAGCAGACGAGUACAGAUAAGGCUGGCUGGCAGACACUUGGGCGUCCCGAGGAGAGACGCGAACGUAAACGCUAAAGAUAGCGCAAUACGCGCUGUCCCUCGCUCAAAUCCGUUUCUUGGCCGAUCUUUUAUCAAGUUUCGCCGCGAACUUCUCGAUGAUGCGUAAUUUUCGAUAAUCCAAACCGUUUUGAGCCAUGCCCGCGCACGUAUGCACGUUCUCCUCCUUCGAUCAAGCGGGAUGAGUGCCUUGAACUGUUCUCAGCUUAAGAGUGUGAUAGUGUUGUAGUGUUUCUCGAGAGGGGUUUGAAAUAAUAACGUGGAACAAGUGGGUGGGUGGCAAGAUUGAUAGCCGGGGAUAAGGAUUAUGUAUUUUUCUCUGUGAAAAAUAUUGCGCGAGAUUAUUAUCUAUUUAUAAAAAUGAAAACUUGAUACAGAUGAAUGGAAACUAGCCUAGUGUCGAGAUGAUUUUAAGUUCAGGAGCGACAAUUUUUUUUUUUUCUCUUUUUUUUUUUCCGUUAGUUAGUGUUAAUAAAAUUUAUCAGAGUGAUGAGGAAUAGAUCGAUUGGAACGAAAUAACGGAAUAUCGGCGCAAAGCUUUAUUAAUAUUUUUCCUAGCUUGCAUCCUAGAAAUUCGCAUUCGUCGAUAAAUCAACCGGCGAUUUUCCGCUCGAAAAAAUAAAGAGACUCGGGCUCAGCUAGGCCAGCUUUGAUUUACGAUCACCAUAUAGGCGGCUCGAGGUGUGGCCCGACUUGCAUUAGAGAAUGAGUCUCUAGAAAUAGUCCCGGACGCGGAAUACAUCCCUAGAAAUAUUAGGCAAUGCCUUCAUGGCGAUUUUUAUCGUGCUACGUCAGUCGUAUAAAGAAAUGCCCUACAUUCUCGCUUUCGAAAAUCCUCCGGUCCCCCUCGACUUCCCUCCUCUCCCUCUUUCCGAACGCUUCGUUGAUGGAUUUUCGAACGUUGGACAUAUGGAUGUCCAACACGUGGAUCACACGUGGAUUCUUCUUCCGUAUUUUUCGCAUAGAUCUUUUCAACUUUUCAUAUAUUCUUCGAUUCUGAACCGAACGAAUUUCUCGUACCCUAUAUUUUUCCGAUUUUGAACAAACGGUGUUUCGUUGUUUAAAUUGUAUUUUUUCAAUUCUUCGAAAGAGGGAUCUCCCCGUCGAAAUACGUGGUUUUUCACGCGUUACAAUUGUAAAUUGUAACGAGGGAAAAAUUCGCGGCAGAGUUGCUUGAACCGACGAAUUUAGAAAUUGCAUGUUCGCCAGGAAUUUCUUAUAGCGUUUGGCAAACAGAACCGAUAUUCUCAACAGAAUCUCGUACGAUCCUUACUAUUUCUGUAAUAUCUUUAUCAUUAAUCCCAACGCAAUUAACAUCCUCAUCCUAAUCGCAUCAAUCAUUGAGUGCAUCCAAUUCAAUCCAAUUCAAAUUCAUUCGCAUCCUCCAUCUAUCAAUUUCCACUUCUUCAACUCGUCCCCCUCCUCCAAAAAAUACUUUCCACGAAACGAAGAUUCUUCCUUCGUUUCGACCAUCAUCUUUCAACUUCCACUUUUUCAAUUCGUUAAAACAAAAAAAACAAAAAAAAAAAAAGAAAAAAUACUUUCCACGGAAACGGAAGCUAGAUUCUUCAUUCCAGUUCGACCACUAUCUUUCAACUUCCACUCUUCUUCAACUCUCUUUAAAAAAAACGAAAAAAAAAAUAUCUAUUUUCCACGCAACGAGGGCUCGAUUCAUUUGGACCACGAUCGAAAACUGGGGCGAAAAUUCUUACGAAAACUCUUACGUUUCCACCUCGUAUCCAUCCGUUAUAAACAAAUGCUCGAGACAGGGACUAUCGUACUAUGAGAUACGCGCACGUAGCGGCGUCGGUAUUUGGCAAACGGUGACAACGUCGUGGACACCACCUCCGGUUCGUCUGCGAGCCCAGGUACCCCAGACCGCUGUUUCUACCACUUCAUCCCGUCUUCACCGUGUCUCUGUCCAACCUCAUCCUUCCUCCCUCACCUUACUCGUCGUUAUCGUCAUCUACGUACACUCUUCUUCUUCUUCCUCCUCCUCCUCCUCUUUCUUCUCCUCCUCCUCCUUCUUCUUCUCCUCCUCCUCCUCCUCCUCCUCUUCCUCUCCGCCCUCCUCCACUUCUCGGGCCAGCUUCUCGCUCCCUCUUCUUCCGCUCCACGCACUCGGUCGUCUCCCAUUUUCCGUCUCUCGCUUCACUCGCUUCUCUCUUCUCGCGUAAGUGAGGCACGAGGAGAGAAGGGGCAAAGACGCUUUUAGACACGGAGCGUCCACGAGCGUCGCGACGCCUUGAGAAGCAGUAGUCGCGUACCUUAGGCAGCUUCCACCUUGCCGGCUCGCGGCCGCACGUAACGUGAUUCUCCUCGACGUCCGUUCCAUCAUCAUCGUGUCGCGUUCACCCUCGAAUUCUCGCUUCCUCGAUCGUUCUUCGACUCGCCCCUGAGAAUAAUUGAACGAGUGGAUCGGUUCGCUCUCGUUCGUGCGGGAGGAACUCGUUUCCAUCAUCAUCUCCAACGCGAAGAUAUAUAUUUCGCAGAAGAAUCGAAAGUUGAAACUUUGGAAACUUUGUGCGCGAGGAUCAUUCGAAGUAAAAUUGUGGCGAUGAGGAGUCUAUGAGGGAUUUGUGAAAGGUGGAUGGUGGAUCGAUUUGGAGGCGAGGCGACAGCGUGUCGUUCCGCGGCAUCCGUGACGAUAGUCGGAUGCGAAGGAGGAGGUGCAGGGAGAGAGAAAGAGAGAGAGAGAGAGAGAGUUAGCUGAAUACGCGAAGUCUAAAUUAAUCUGGAGCCCGUUUUGUUGUUGAAGUUUUCGACGGCCCUGCUGCUAGUCGGCGUAAAAAGAGCGUAAAGUUUCGUACCGCGGAAUAAAAAUAAUCGUACGAUACCGGGAGAACCGAGAGAUCCGAGAUCAGCCUCUGUUCCCGCAGAAUUACGCGUUCUUACCGGUCGGGAACGACCUGUAAAUUUCCUCCGCUCCGAUGAACAAGUGGCCGUUCUCGCGUUUUUUCCUUUUUUCUUUCCUAUUUUUUUCCACAUUGUAGAGGAGAACGCGCUUCUAUCUGUACUUUCCUUCGAGAGAAGGAGAAGAGAGAGAGAGAGAAAGAGAGAGAAAGAGAGAGAGAGAGAGAGAGAGCAUUUUCGUAUUUUCCUCAACGAGCAUUCCACACACACACACGUAUCCUCCUCGAUGUUGCUCCCUCAAGUGUAAACGGGCAGGUUGGCCAGCCUAAAUUCACCCAAAUUUCCGCUCGUUUCACGACACGAUAUAUCCUCCUCCCCGAAGAAACUGCGUCACUCAUCGAUCAGAGGAGAGAAACUUCGCCUCAAUUUUUCACCGUUCACCCGGCUCAGUUCCACCUCGGUUACCUCGAAGAGUGUGCACGCGAGAGUGUAUAUAGCGAGCAAGCAAGCCCGUCCAUCCCAUUCUCGGCCAGAAGAGAGAAGGAGAGAAGAGACUCGUUUUCGCGUCUGCCUUUCCCCCCUUUCUCCCGUGUUUUAAUGUGUCCUCCCUGAUCGGGGAGAGGAGAGGGGGAGGAAGGCGUUGAGAAGGCGCGAGAGUGGUCGUCCCCCUCGCGAGUGAAUGUCGCGAGUGUGGCCCCAUCUCUAUAAUGGUAUAAAGUGGAGCGUUGGGAGCGAACGACGAUCGACAGGUCGGUCGUUGCGGUUGAUCGCGUUCAAAGGUUGAGGAUAAUAAAACGGCGAAAGUGGUUCGCGUGGCGAGGAAGGAAAAGGACGCGGCCAUGGCGGAGCGUCCUGGGGGUAGGAGGCGUUCGAGGAGGGACAGCGUGGAGACGGGUGGCUCGUUACGGGGUACACCGCCGACCUCGAAGGAACGAAGGACGAAACGGUCGAGCAAACCGUCGAAAGAGCGAUGGCUGCUCACGAGGAAGACGUGGAGGUACAUGGCCGACGCUGGGAGACGCUUGAUCCCGGAUGGGGCGCACAACAGGCCCGAGGAUAUUCCAAAGAUCGAGCAAUACUUUCAAGAGGUGUGCCAGAAGGAGCCGAGGUUUCUGUUGUGGAGGAAAGCUUCGUAUCCGGGGACGUUGGGCUUCCGUUCGCAGAGGCGGCGAAGGCAGGUGAAGGGGGGCAGUUGUCGUACGAAGGCCAGCUCGGCCGACGAGGCGGACGACGCGAGGAAUCCGCCUCGAGGCUUCGUCCUUCAGACGACCACCGCGGGCAAGUUCGACCUCGCCAAAGCUAAGAGGGAGUGGUUGCUCGCGACCGAGGGGGGCAGCACGCCGUCCAGCCCCGUGGAGCGGAGGAAAUUCCUGCAGGAGGACUCGGAGGUGAAAGCGUUGGCCGAUAUGCUGCAGAAGUACCUGAACAUGCAGAGCGAGGUCGGUGGCGCGAUGAGAUCGAUGGCGCGAUCGGUGGGCGAGGGGGAGGGGAAGGAGUCGUUCGAUUACCAGAACCUGAUAACCAGGCUGCAGCAACAUUUGGAUAUAAUGAUCGCUCAGGCGAAACUCGAGGAGCUGUCCGUCCAACGCGCCGCCACCGACAAGGAAGCGAGGGAGAAGACGCCGAGAUCGACGCAAUCGUAUCAAGGUGACUACGUGCACAAAUCGUUGAUGGAGACGAUCAGCCGGCACUACAGCAAGUCCGGGACUCGGGAGCACGUGAUCUCGGCCAUUCUCACCGAUCGAAAGCUGUUGGAGAAACUGUACUUCGAUCUGAGGUGUACCAGAGGAUUCAGGGGGCCGCGCGCUACCGGCGCGUACACGUCGCCGUCUUCGCGCUGGUGGACGCACCAACGGCCCAGAGUCGCGUCCAAGGAUUCGACGGAAGACUGGCUUUCGAAAAGGGAUCCUAUCUCCCCGCCGUUGAUAGCCGUCCAAGAGCCGAGCACCGAUCACGGCCCGGUCGAGGACGGGGUGCAAACGGAUCCCGUUCCCCGCGAAGUUCUCGACGCCGUCCUCCUCGAGAGGGAGAGGGAGGAGUUGAAGGAGGCCGUGCCCGUGCACAAGUCGACCGGUCGUAGGCGGAGCAGCGUGGACAACGAUGACGUCUCGCCGUCCGUCAGCGACACCAUCAAGAGGUAUCUUCGAAUGGCGAGGAAAAAGUCGAUGGACGCCGACAAGGUGGACAGAUUCAAACGGGUGAACUACGACAGAAACUUGAGGAACAUCAAGGCCAAAGGGGAGACGACGAAGCUCGGCGACGAUGACGGGAACAACAAGGGUUGCCAGACCGAAGACAACUGGGCCGUUAAUUACAGGGAGAUGUCCUCUGUCGAGAAUCCGUCGGAGAAUCUGUCGGACGGUGACACGGCCACGUCCCCGCCGAGUAGGAACGCGAGCUCGAGGAGCAGCAUCGACGCCGGCCUCGGCUCGGAAGAGCCGUUAACCCCCAAACACCAUCACCACCAGUCCUUCCUUUCCCAUCUCCUGCACGGUUCCAACGCGCACAAGGAUAAACCGCAUUCGGCACCCGGUUCGCCGGCACUCACGUCAUCGUCCACCAAUUCCGCAGGUGGCACAGCGAUGCAGAAGAGCAAAUCAUCGAGCAGCGUGGUGCAUCACGGUAGCCGGCUGGUGGCAAAGAAGAUAUGGAGGUCCAGAAGCAAGAGCACCUCGAGGGCGUCCAAUCAACCCUCCGUGUGGACGCCGCAGGGAAAGUGUACCUGGGCGGGAACCACUGGACGACGGGUCACCCUGCAGGAUACACCGUUAAGGUCGUUGUCAGAAAUCGAAAGGAAAGUGUUGUGCAAGGUGGCUGUUGCAAAACUUCAGGCCCUUAAUUUGGGUGUUCACAUUAGGCCACCUAGCGAAUCAUUCGGUAGCAAUACCGUUGUCACGAAGCCCAAGAGAAGAGCACCUUUGCUCAAGAGGAAAGCUCUUACCACAGGCUUUUUCGACAAUAAGGGAAAAGACGAUAAGGAAAAGGAUUCGCCCGGUGGCCUGGUAUUUGGCAUACCGCUGUCACAGUGUUUGGAGAACGAUAGGAUCGCUAGAAUCGCCGCUGGUGAGGUCUCGGAUGUUGGCUGCUUGUCGAGGAGCAGCAGACACGGCAGCAGAACGAGUUUCACGAGCCUGAUCGAACCGACAGUCGCUGCUAAGACGGACGAGGGUGGCUCGUCCGAGUCUCUGUCGUCGAAAGGUGGAGCUUUAACCGGAAGCGACUCUGGGGUGCUCGAGCUGAGCGACAGCGGUGGAGGAGGCCCUCCAGGGGAAUGGGACGCGGUUCCAGGAAUAGUCAGACAAUGCAUCAGGCACCUGGAAAACACCGGCCUCCGGACACUGGGCGUUUUCCGGGUGUCGCCUUCGAAGAAGAGGGUCAGACAGUUGAGAGAAGAUUUCGACUGUGGUCGCGAGACAAAAAUCGGACCCGAUCAAUGUCCGCACGAUGUGGCAGCCCUUCUAAAGGAGUUUUUUCGUGAUCUUCCCGACCCUCUGCUGUGCAGGGAUCUCUAUCAAGCUUUCGUCCAUACGCAAAAGAUCCGGAACAGGAGACUUCAGCAAGAGGCACUUCAGCAUCUCGUCCAACUGCUGCCAACGCCGAACCGCGAGACUCUUUGGGCACUUUUGAACUUCCUCAACGUGGUGGCGGCGAACAGCGAAGAUCAAAAGAACGAGAGGGGUGAAUGGGUGGCGGGGAACAAGAUGGACACGACCAAUUUGGCCACGGUGUUCGCCCCAAACAUCCUCCACUGCGUGAAGCCAGGGCAAAGGUCUGAGGUGUCCGCGGAGAGGGCAGAAGAAAGGAUAGACGUAAUAAACGUGGUCAGGGCCCUUUUGGAACAUGCCACCACGUUAUUCACAGUGCCAGCAGCUCUUUUAGACGAGGUCUACUUGCACAUGAUGGACACCCAUCCGGCCGAUUUGGAUCUCGCCCUUUCUCGACGUGUCGAAGAACAAUGCGGUGACGAGGCGGAUCCAUGCAGCGAGGCUGAAAACUUCUCGGUCGAGGAGACGACGCUUACGACGUCGACAACGACCACGGCCGGAACCACCACCUCGACCAGAAAGGUAUGGACCAGGGAGCAGUGUCUUCAUCAGACGGCAGGCGUGGGCGGCGAUAUAGGUCCAAGGCCGAGGCGGCCAAAGAGGCCUGGAAGCCGACGAAAGGAGGAGGGAAGGAGCAAUAGCGUGGAUAGCGGGUCGAGCGAGGAUCCAGCUGAUCCACGAAGAAGAUCCUCGCCUAUGGUGAUCACCGCCAGCCUCACCAUACCCAUGUCCGGAGCGUUCACAUUGAACCUCGACGAUCCGGACAUACCUUACAUCGAGGAGACUCCGAAGCAGCCUAGCGCGCCUCCGAGGAGGCAGAGGCAACGAUCGAUUUCCGGUUGCAGCGAAGGUGGAAGGCACGGAAGCGACAGCGCCGUGGGCUCUUCCGCCACGUUGUCGGGCGACCAGGUGCCGAGUUCUCCACCCUCGUGGGCGUCGUCGCCACCGGCGAGCCCCGACAGCGCGGUGACCGCCGUCUCCUACAUCCCCGACCAACAGGCCGUUCUCCAAAGGGUGUCGUUCACAACGUCGAGCGAGGUGCGCCAGGUGACCAGGUCGAGCAGCAGCCAGGACGCGUCGAGGAGCGCCGCGGCCCCGUACACGCCGAGCAUCACCAGCAUCGGCGGUGCGGUUUUGAGGUCCAAGACCGCCGAUAUCGAGAGGAUGUUGCAGAUUUCCAGACCGGAUACCGGGAUCAGCCUGUCGCAGCAGGCCAAGACCACCUCCACGACCUCCUCGGAGAGCAAGAAAUACACGAAGAGGCGUUACACGGAUUCCAGACACCAAACUCGUCACAUCCCCGAUUCCGACACGUUGGCGGGGAAAAACACUGUCUCGGUUUCGUCCUCGUCCUCCGUGGCCAUUUCCUCCACGUCCUCGGCUGCAGGCGGGCAAAACCAACGAGGUGGGGCAGCGCAACCGGUCUGGAAACGGCGGGAACUCAUCUCCAGCGCGCCCAAGGACAGGGAAGGCUACUUCUGAACAUCCCCGUCGAAUCGAAUUUCCGUGGAUCGCCUCUUUUCCAGAAGACCAAUGCUUUUUCUCCGGAACACAAUUUUUUGACGUAUCGAUUUUUUGACGAUGUUUGAAAAGAAUCGAAAGAGAAUAUAAAACAUCCCUACAUUGGCCGAUUAUUCGAAGAAAAUUUGAUAAGGAUAGGUAAAAAUUGAAACAAGUAUCGAAAUAUGAACUAUAAAAGACGAAUAUAAUGGGAUCGAGUGAAUCGAUGAGCAUUCAAUGAAACGCUGUUCGAUGUAACACACUUUGAAUAUAUUCUUUCGAUCGAAUUUCGAAAAUUUCGCGCGUUGCUCGAACGUAAGACCAUUUCAAACGUGCCUUCAAUUAUUAGGAUUCUUCUAAAACGUUAUUAAACAACUGAUCCUCGAGCAACGUACGAGAGAACAGAUCUCUUUCUAUUUGAGAGAUGUCAGAGAAUCAGAAUUUAUCAAUAAUCCACGAAUCGUUCCACGAAGGGAAAUAGAAUUCAAAGAGGUCCAAACCAGGGAUACGAUUCGAUAGGCCAAGAAAAAAAAAAAAAAGGAAGAAAAAAAAAGUGUAAAAAAAACAAUAUAGUCACUGCCGAUCAGGCGUGGCCUGGCAAAAGUGUUCCUCGACGCGUUCCUCGUUUCGAAAACCGAGUGAACCGUUUCGUAUUCGACGUGUAUUCGUGGGGUGUCUAUUGGUUCCUAGACUACCGUCCUCGCGCUCUUAAAGAUCUCCGUGACGAAACGCACGAAACCCUCUUCGAAAGUCUCUGUCUGUCUCAAUCUUUCUCUUAUCGUUUCAUCCAUCUCCACUCGUUCGCUCGAAUCGAGAUCGAGAUCGUUCGAAAGGGGGGGGAUUAAUCUUUCUACGAUGCGGUUACUUUGUACAAAAAGGAAAAAAAGAAAGAAAAAAAAGAGAAGAAAAGAAAAAAAGAAAAAGGGAAAAGUGAAACAAAUCGAUCUUGUACGAAUCUACGAACGUAACAUUCUAAUGUAGCAGCGACACCGUUAGUGGCGAUUUGUAAAUUAUUUUUAUUACUCUAGAUCCGAGGGAUUCCCUUCUCUCUCUCUCUCUCUCUCUCUCUCUCUCUCUCUCUCUCACUCUCUCUCUUCCAACGUUUGUCGAUAAACUCGCGAAAAAAAAAACAGGUUUGAAACGGACGAAUCCUCGACGAGCCAAAGUUACGAAACGAGACCAGUCUCGGCCAUUCUAUCUCUCUCAGCUCAGUUGAGAUCAUUCAUUUCCGUUCAAAUGAAACGAAUAACGCGUCUCGUUUUAUCCGUAUCCUCUUUCUCGAGACGUGGAUUUCGUAGAUUAUUAUUAUUUUUGUACAGUUACAGGUAUCUAAUUGAACCGGGUAGCUCGUGAUCAAGAAAGAAACGACAAAAGGAUCAGAACAUUUCAGAACAACCAACGAAUCUUUUCUUUCUCUCUCUCUUUCUCUCUCUCUCUCCCUCUCUUCUUCUCGUAUCUUCUCCCCUAUUCGAUACUCCUUUCUUCUAUUUCGACGACUCUCCCUUCUCCCCUUCCCUUCCCUUCCGAUCGUUCGUGCACGAGAAGAUGCGUUGAAAGAAUCCGUGUACUGCCGUGAGGGACGCGUGGCCCGAAAGACGCUGUUGUUCGUGUCGUUUUAAGUUUUCAUUUUCAGUCUGUAAGCUAAUAAAUGAAACGUUAAUUUUUUUACCACCCCGUGUCACGCUUUAUUCCCCUCUUCCUCUCAUCUGUUAAGGAAUAAAACAUUUGUAUUUUUUCUUUUUUUUUUUUUCACGGUAAAUGAAGCGAAUGAUUGUUAUUCGGGAUCGAGGUGUCGCAAAUGAUGGGGGAUGGAAUUUUUGUAUCCAUCGUGGAAUAGUGGAAUACGUUCGUUGCGAAUACGAGCAAGUGAGAAAGAGGGCUUGCAGGUGAUCGUGAAUCAUAAAAAUUCCUUUAUUAUCGAUUUCCUCGCAUAUACAGUCCUCGCACGAUUCAACGUCGUACUGGUCGUUACAAAAUUCAUCGAGACACGCACAAUAUUCGCGAUGCAUCGAUCUCGAUAGCAAAAUGUGCAAAAAAGUGGAAAUACGAAUUUUCCUUUUUUUUUUCCUUUUUUUUCUUUUUUUUUUUUUUUUUUUAAAUAUAAGAUUACAUUUGCACGCGUAAAAAUCUAUAUGAAUUUGAAAUCGAUCUCACUUCAACUGUCGUUUCUUAAAGGAAAAAGACAGAGUUCGAGUCACGCAAGCGCUUUUCUUUUUCGAAAUCCAGAAAAGAAUUAUUUUUUUUCCUUUUUUUCUCCUAUAAAAUUUUUUAAUUUUAUAUUUUUUCGAUUUUUUUUUUGUUUUGCUUUUUUGUAAAUUUUCUAACAAUUUUUUUUAUUAAACAAUAAAAUAAUAACUUUUCUCAACGUGUAGAACAUGUUGAACACAUUAAGGAUCUUGAACACGUAAGGAUUAUUUUUAACAGAAGAAAUUUUCUUACGAAUUAAUUGAAAUUAUUAAAUAAGACUUAGAGAAUUGGUGAUGCAAUAUCAAUUUUGUGCAAAAUGAAUAUCACUAAGAAUUAUGAAUACAAUUUUUUUUUUUUUUAAAUAAAUCUUUAAUACAGAAUUUCUUUUCGAUCUUUUGGAUAUCGAAGUAAUUCUUGCGUAGAUCUUAAGAAAAAGAUACUCAGCUCGUGUGAUUCGUUUCGGCAAAAGUUUUUAUUAACGAUAAAAACGCGGAUGAUUACUUUUUUAAUUAUCCACAAAAAAAUAUAAAUCUCACGAAUUUAAAAAAAAAUAUCAGUUUAACCAAUGGAACGGAUAA